CCCAUCCCGCCGCAGCGGCCCCGGGGCCGAGCAGGGGCGAGGCGCGAAGGGAGCGGCGCCGAGAGGGACCGGGAGCGCGGCCAGAAUGGUGCUAGAAGGAAACCCUGAAGUGGGGUCUCCCCGAACCUCAGAUCUCCGGCAUCCAGGGAGCCAGGGCUCUUGUGUCCUCUCUUCUGGUGAAGAUGCACAGCCAGGCGAGGAGCCCAUCAAGUAUGGCGAACUCAUAGUCCUGGGAUGCUGUGAGGAAGGAGGUGAGGAAACCGAGGCUCAGAGAGGGGAAGUGACUGGUCCAAGGGCACACAGCUGCUACAAUGGGUGUCUGGCAAGUGGGGACAAGGGUCGCCGGAGAAGCCGCCUGGCGCUGAGCCGCCGGCCCCAUGCCAACGGCGUGAAGCCCGACGUCAUGCACCACAUCUCCACACCGCUCGUAUCCAAGGCACUGAGUAACCGCGGCCAGCACAGCAUCUCGUACACGCUGUCCCGGAGCCACUCGGUCAUCGUCGAGUACACACAUGACAGCGACACGGACAUGUUCCAGAUCGGCCGCUCCACGGAGAACAUGAUUGACUUUGUGGUAACAGACACAUCCCCCGGAGGAGGGGCUGCCGAGGGCCCCUCAGCCCAGAGCACCAUCUCCCGCUAUGCCUGCCGCAUCCUCUGUGACCGCCGGCCACCCUAUACUGCCCGCAUCUACGCCGCUGGUUUCGAUGCCUCCAGCAACAUCUUCCUUGGAGAGCGGGCGGCCAAGUGGCGGACCCCUGACGGCCUGAUGGAUGGCUUAACCACCAAUGGUGUCCUGGUGAUGCACCCAGCGGGCGGCUUCUCUGAGGACUCGGCCCCGGGUGUCUGGAGGGAGAUAUCGGUCUGUGGGAACGUGUACUCUCUGAGGGACAGCCGCUCUGCACAGCAGCGAGGGAAGCUGGUGGAAAACGAGUCCAAUGUGCUGCAGGACGGCUCCCUCAUUGACCUGUGUGGGGCCACUCUGCUGUGGCGCACACCAGCGGGGCUGCUGAGGGCACCCACACUGAAGCAGCUGGAGGCCCAGCGGCAGGAGGCGAAUGCGGCCCGGCCCCAGUGCCCUGUGGGCCUCAGCACCCUGGCCUUCCCCAGUCCGGCCCGGGGCCGCACGGCACCCGACAAGCAGCAACCCUGGGUCUAUGUCCGGUGUGGCCACGUCCACGGCUACCACGGCUGGGGCUGCAGGAGAGAGCGGGGCCCCCAGGAGCGAGAGUGUCCUCUCUGUCGCCUCGUGGGGCCCUAUGUCCCCCUGUGGCUUGGCCAGGAGGCUGGCCUCUGUCUGGACCCUGGGCCACCCAGCCAUGCCUUUGCACCCUGCGGCCACGUCUGUUCCGAGAAGACUGCCCGCUACUGGGCCCAGACACCACUGCCCCAUGGCACCCACGCUUUCCACGCUGCCUGCCCCUUUUGUGGCGCCUGGCUCACCGGCGAGCAUGGCUGCGUCCGCCUCAUUUUCCAGGGACCGCUGGACUAGGCUCCCCCAGGCCCCGGCUGCCAUGCCCACCUGCCCACCUAGGUCCCCCACCUCCUGCAGCCCAGAGGGAGCUCUGCAUGUGGGACUCUACCCGCUGGUGCAUAGCCACACCAGAUGGACGUGUUGGAUGGGCUGUGCUCCUCCCCUCUUAACUCUGGUCCCUGAAACCCCUACCCCAGUCAGAAUGACGGGGCCCUCAGCACCAGCUCUGUCCUGGGCUGAUGGAGGGAAGCCCACCCCUAUGCCCUGGCCCUUCCUGGGGUGUCCCACAUCAUGCCGCCUACACUGUGUCCCUGGGGGAGUGAAGGGGCCAUGGGUCCCUGACCCCCAGCUUAGGCUGGCUGUGCCCUAAGCCUGCCGACCCAGCUCCAGAUAUUCACCCUGCUGCUGCCCUGGGUUCCUCUAUAAACCUUGCUGCUCAGCUGCCCUCACAAA